AGUUUCAGAUAAUCUGUCAUUAUUUUAAAGCUUUGCACCUGAAAGGAUUUCCCGUCACACCAGGUAAGUUCAAUGAAAUUUAUAGACAUCUUUCAAGUAAACAAGUUUGUAGUCCUUUGUCCUCUCUCAAACUGUCUUUAAAAAUUCACUUGUUUUCCCACCUCAUUCUGAUGUGUUUUUUUUUGUUUUUUUUGUUUCCAUUACUCAGGAUGCGAGUUCAGUUUAAAAUGUUGAUUGCUCCCCUGGCUGUCACAACAAUCGGCAUGUUUUUGACGGCAAGUUACUCAGGCUGGAUUGAGCUUAAAAUGCCAAGCUCGUGUCGGUGUGAGAAAUGUUUUUCAGAAGAAGACGUGUUUCUUAAUCAGCACCUGAACCGCUCCAUUGAGCCCUUUCUGUCGGCAACCACCAAACUCACUGAAGAUGAAUACGACUGGUGGCGGCAUUUACAGAGCAGCACACACAACUUCAGCUACUUUGAAGCAACUCUUGACAAACUGUUCAAGAUCAUCUCACCCACUCCUGUUCUUGAAAAACCCAAAACUGAAGGAUGCAGGACUUGUGCAGUUGUUGGAAACUCUGUGAACUUGAAAGGGUCACGUUACGGACCCUUGAUAGAUUUCCAAGACAUCGUUAUAAGAAUCAACUACGGUCCAACCAAAGGCUUUGAGGAAGACGUGGGGUCGAGAACAACUCAUCGUGUCAUGUAUCCAGAGAGUGGCUCGAUUUUAGACAACUCUACUCAUCUUGUAAUGUUUAUUUUCAAGAUAGAAGACCUCGAGUGGCUCCUCAGGUCCUUUCCAACAGGAACUUCUGGAAAGCCAGUAAAACCCAGAGCUAACAAAGAUUUGGUGAUGGUGCUCAAUCCAGCUUUCAUGAAGUACGUUCAUCAGAAGUGGCUGGGGAAGAAAGGAAGGUACCCAUCCACCGGCUUUAUGACCUUGAUUUCCGCACUUCACAUUUGUGAUGAGGUUCAUGUGUUUGGUUUUGGAGCUGACAGCAACGGAAGCUGGAGCCAUUACUGGCAACCAAUGAAAAGCAAAGAGUUUAAAACUGGACCUCAUCCUGGAAAACAGGAGUACGCAGCGAUAGACAAGUUGGCCAAUGAAAACACAAUAUACUUUUAUAAAGGAAAUUUAAUAUUUCCAGAAAUGAGAAGCUUAGUUUUUUUUUCUCCCAAAAAGUUAGAGGGAAAAAAAAGAAGCAGUGAAUAAACUAGACCUUAAACCUCGCACUUUAAGUUCUAAGUUUCAGCUUUAAAGGAAAAUAGAAUACAAAGACUUUACAACUGCUAUGACAGUGGCAAUGAUCUGAACACAGAAAUUUAUCGGUAUAGUUUGCAUGCCAGGUGUGAGCUACCCUUCAAAGGUAGCAUUGUUAUUAUUUUUCACAUCAGCUAGCAUGUGGCUGCAUAUGCUUGUUCUGAAAUAAUUGUAUUUUUACAAGUGUAGAAUUUAUUCUUAUUUUUGACUGGAGUAGAUAUGUCUUCUCUCUCUUUUUAUUUAUUAUUUAUGAAGUCAUUGUGGCACAUGGAAUGUGAAGUAUUUAAACUGAGUGGGAUAUUUAUACAUUAUUUUUAUUUUCAGGGUCUUUUUUAUGUUAAGCUCAAAGUGGACAUUUCAUGCUUUUAAAUCCCUCCUUUUCAUACGUAAACCAUUCACUACUGGUCUGUAUGAAGUAGAACUGCAAUGCUUUGGUCUGAAGUCCUGGUUGUCUUAUCUCCACAGACCUCUCGUUUACCUCUGGGGCACAUUUUAGAGCAACUCAAUUUAAAGCAACUUGUUUUGGAGCUACUCGUUUUAGAGCAACUCAUUUUGCUGCAGUCUUUCUGACCCUCCAGGUCACAAAGAACUCCACUUGUUCCUGUUCGGCCAUUUUUGUAGUUUGAUAACAGCGAUACCAAUUAUCUACUGGCAGAGAAACUUUUCAUUCCCAAGCUUAUUAAAGAUGUCAACAAUGGAAGGCUUGUCCAUCCAACCUUGCAUGUUGGAGCCAGAGUAGGAGGUAGAAGACGCACAACCUGCAGAUCCACACAUUCAAAUGAAUUCAUCACAAUGGUGUCUUUACUGUAUGAACUCAUUCUCCAUCCAUACCAACUACCUACAAAAAGGACUGUAGUUUAACUACAGUGUAAGGAUGUAAGGAAUCCUGUGCAUUAAUACGUUAGACUUGAACGUUUUGACUUGUUUACUUGCAACUUCAGCACAACUGAGCUUGGACUACAAAAUCGCUGCGAGGGGAAAAAAUGGUGGAUAAGCCAGAAAUCGUGACCUCGUUUUGCAGUUCCACAACAAAUGCAGUGACAACAUGACCAAGAAGACAUAAUAACAAAUAGAGAAAAAUGAACAGACUGAAAAAUAUAUCCCAAAAAGAAUUUAAAGAUCUCCAUGCAGCACUGGGAGAGAAUUAAUUACAAUUUUUUGCACUCCUAAAAAAGUACACAAUAAGACAUAUUUAAGGGCUAAAAAAGUGGGUUUUGCAUGAUUUGUCCACUUUAAGACAAAUGGUGAUGCUGCUGUGGUUUACAACUGGUAAUAAACUGGUACAACACUGGUGUGCUUUGGAGUAUUAUACAGCUGCAUCAUCCAAGAGUUCUUGGCCUUAAAGCUGCAGUAUGUAACUUUUACAAACAUAUUUUUUCAUAUUUAUUAAAACAGUUGUGACUGAAUGGCAUGAGACAGAUCGUCUGUGGGGAAGAGAAACGUUGAGCUCCUCCAGCACCUCUUAAUUCGACUUCUACCGUCUGAAGAAAUGCAUCGCCCUGGGACAAAAACAACCAAUCAGAGAAAGGAGGCGGGUCUUAGCAGAGUCAGUCAUCAUCCUGUAUGCUACUCAAUGUGUUAAUGGUGGAAAAACGUCUUACAGUUAAAGGAAAACCGUAACUAGCCUUAGCCUUUGUGGCUAACUAGCCUUGGCCUUUCUGGCAAACUAGCCUUAGUGUUUGUUCCAAGCUAUGUAGUGGCUCGCCAACUACAUAGCUUAGCAAAGAGGAAGUGGGAAGGCGUGAGCACGAGAGCUAUUGACGGCACUAAAACUCCUCCUGCCUCUGAUUGGUUGUUUCUGACUGAGUGGUGCAGUUAGUACUGGGAGCACGGGGAGAAGGCGGAGGAGCUCAAUUAUUUCACAGAUUAUCUGUAUUAUACUGUCUUUUUCUGAAUCAUGAAUGCUGAUUUUAACAAAUUUCAAAAGUCCUGUUUUCUUCUGUUACCUCCUGAAUGAUUUGUUGAUGUACUCUUGGAUUACUUUUGGCAGGCUGACCUUUCCUGAGAAGUGGUCAGCCUUCUCAACUCCAUGUUUUUUUCAUUUGUGGAUAGUGGAAUCAGCAUGUUGACUUCAUCUAGUCUGAUGUCUUGCGCUUUAAGAAGCUUUAACAUACUUCAUUCCAAAGCAACAAAGCCUGGGUGUCGCUACCGAACUCAGCAUUCCGAGAAACGAUGCAGUUAAUCACAGGUCAUUCAUCGUUUCACAAGUCUUACAUUAGUUUUUCACACUAUCAGGUUAG